AUGGCCGAAGGUUUCUUAGGUCCUCUCGUCAUCGGUUACGGCUUCAGCGCGUGCCUCUUUGGUGUGGUUUCUGUGCAAACGGUGGUAUACUACCGGACGUUUGACGCUGAUCCAUGGACGCUGAAAGCGACGGUCUUGCUUGUCUGGUUGCUUGAACUAGGACAUACGUCCAUGGCAUCCGCCACAGUGUACAUCGUAAGGCACACGUUCUCCAGCUGUUCCGAGCAUGCUAACGAUGUGCUCGUUUGCGCACAGCAAUUCGUAUUUCACUUUGGGGAUUUCAAGGGAUUCUCAGACAUGUACCGCCUUUUCGCCUGGAAUGGAUUUGUCGCCAUCUUGAUCUCCUUUGUUGUCCAGGCGUAUUCUGCAUAUCGGCUGCGUGUUAUCACCAAGUCCCUUCCAGUACCGCUGUUCUGUGGGGGCCUUCUGGUCGCUCGCACGAUCUUCUACACGGUAGCGAUCGUAUUUGACGCCAAGCCCUUUCCCUAUCUCCAGGGUCCAACAUGGAGGAUAAUCCUGAUCCUCGUUGGUGUGCUCUCGAUCGUCACGGACGCCCUGCUGGCAUUCCGCCUUUCCUACGCAUUAUGGAAAAGGCGACUUGAAAGGGCUCAAAGUCUCGGUUUUUCAUCCACGACCAAUCCCUCUGGACCCCGCUUCAGGAAGACAGGCUUCGACUUUCUCGACCAGUUCAUUGUUCUAUGCAUUAGUGAGCAUUCAUCGCCUCCCAUUUGGUCGCCUCUGAUCUUCUUCUGCCAGGUUCCAACGCUAUAA